AUGGCCGUGAUCGAUGUGAGCCAGCAGAGGGCGUCGCUCCUUAGCGAUGCGACCACCUUGGACCUCUUGCCGCCAGAGUUGCUGCUCAUAAUCCAGGAUCACCAAUCGACCAAAUUCCUCGAUGCCAUCGCCAGCGCCGCUCUUGUCUCGACAGCCACCGACCGCAUCUUUACCCAUUUCGAGUCUGUUUUUGCCGAUAUUUGCGCCAGAUGGAUUCUGUCUUCUGCAAAACUCGAUACGCGAGUCCUUGCCGCUUUCGCAAGGAUAUUGCCCUUCGCCCCGUCGCUGUCCGUCUUCCUCGUGUCGCAUCUUCGAGGAGGAUCUUUUGGUGGUGUUAAUGGUUGUAACCACAACAACAAAAACAACGACAAUGAUGCUUCUUCAGAACUUAAACCUCUCGAUUCCCUUGACCUAGCUUCGAUCCGCCCAGAUGACCUCCCAAUUGUCCUCCUAGCCCUCUGGAGGCUCAACAACUUUGACAAGCGCACCUACGCCGGCUUGUCAAAGCCAUCCCAAAUACAGACCCUGUUCGCACACGAGAACCCCAUCGUCCGAUACCUUGCCGUCCGAAUCUUCUGCCAGCUCCAUAAUGCCGCCGAUGUCAAGAUCGAAGCCCUCCUCGAAAAGCACAUACCCAAAGAUACCAGCCUUGUCGCAGAGCUCGACGGGCGCGAAGCCGACUAUGCGUUCCUCAGUCUACACGAGGAUUCUAGACGUGAAGACAUUCAGAGCUUUCGCAGUAAAUCCCAGCAAACUAGUGCGGUUGACGAUGCGAUUGUCGAAUCAAAUAUCACAAACAUCCCAGAACAGAACCUCACUCCUCUAGUUGUCAAAUAUGGACAGACAGUCCUCCCGCGUCCCCUCGGCCCUGUGACUGCUCCCACCACCCUCGCACUUACCCCAACGACUGUUGAGAACCUCGAGAACCUCACCGGGUGCCUGCAACGACCCGGGCCUAUCCUCCUCCACGGCCUGUCCGGUUCCGGCAAGACCUCCCUAGUCCACGAGAUUGCGCGCGAGUUAGGCAAGCAGAAGCAACUAGUGACACUACACCUGAACGAGCAAACCGACGCUAAGAUGCUGCUUGGACUAUAUACCACCGAUUCGAAGCCCGGUUCCUUCUCGUGGCGCCCAGGUGUGUUGACCACUGCCGUCAAGGAGGGAAGAUGGGUCUUGAUUGAGGAUCUCGAUCGCGCACCAACAGAAGUCAUGAGCACAUUGCUGCCUCUCAUUGAGCGAGGAGAGCUGCUAAUUCCUGGACGCGGUGAGACCAUACAGGCCACCGAAGGCUUCCGCAUAUUUGCUACUGUCCGGACGCUACUCGGCAUGAACGACAAGGAGAACCUACCCAGCUUGAUUGGUCUCCGUCUCUGGCAGCUUACGCACGUCAAGGCCCUUCCCCAACAAGACUUGAAGGAUGUCAUCAACAGCAGAUACCCCUUGCUUCACAAAUACGUUCCAGGAGUGUUGGCGGUCUUCGACGCGUUGCUGGCGGCCACCAGCGGUUCGACCCGUUUGUCGCUCGGUCGCAUGGUCUUCGAGCGGCCACUCGGCACAAGAGAUCUCCUCAAGUGGUGCGGGCGCCUAGAUGAGAUUCUCCGUGCUUCCGGCUGCAAGACUGGCGAGGAGCCCAUUACCGAUACUACCAGGGACCGCAUGUUCCUCGAAGCAGCCGAUGUUUUCGUUGGUGGAGUCAAGGAGAUCCAAGCGCGUAAUAUUCUAAUAGGUGUCAUUGCGAAGGAGAUGCAUCUUUCUCCCGAGAGGGUUGAGCAUUAUUUGACGAGCUACGUCCCCGACUUGGAGGAUAACGAGUCAAGACUGACCAUCGGCCGCGUCUCGUUUGCAAAGGGGAGGAAAACCAGCCGUGGGGCCAAGAACAAGAGGCCUUUCGCCACCACCACUCAUGCUAAGCGGUUGCUGGAGCAGAUUGCGGUUGCUGUAAGGCACAAGGAGCCGCUCCUGUUGGUCGGUGAGACGGGUAUCGGUAAGACUACCGUGGUUCAGCAGCUGGCCGAAUCACUUGGUCACCAACUUGUCGCCGUCAACUUGUCCCAGCAAAGUGAAGCUGGUGACCUUUUGGGUGGCUUCAAGCCCGUUAGCGCACAGACCCUCGCCAUGCCUAUCAAGGAGGAGUUUGAGGAUCUAUUCGAGAGAACCGGCGUCUCUGCUGAAAAGAACAAGGCUUAUCUGGACGGGAUCAACAAAAAGUUCGCCAAGGGCAGGUGGAGAGAGGUCUCCAAGGAGUGGCGCAAGGCUCCCAAGAUGUUCGAGCAGAUCCUCGCCAAGUUCGAGAGCAUGCAAGCAGCCAAGACCGUAGAGGCAGAGGUUGCGGAGGAGAACCAGGAGCAGGGCCCAGCCAAGCGUCGGAAGACCGAGUCCAGCAAGCUCCAGCGCCUGCGGGAUCUCAAGGCUCGUUGGGACUUGUUUUCGCAGAGUCUUGAUCAGUUUGAUAGACAGGUCGCGGCUGGUCCUGGCGGCUUUGCCUUUGCUUUCGUCGAGGGAAAGAUUGUCAAGGCGGCGAGAAACGGUGACUGGGUCCUGCUUGAUGAGAUCAACUUGGCCUCUCCUGAUACCCUGGAAAGCAUUGCUGGCUUGUUCCAGACCAAUCCCUCUCUUUUGCUCUCGGAAACGGGAGAGAUUGAGAGAAUCCAGGCGCAUCCAAAUUUCCGCGUGUUUGGUGCCAUGAACCCUGCCACAGAUGUGGGCAAGAGAGAUCUUCCCAUGGGGCUGAGAUCCCGUUUCACUGAGAUUUAUGUCCAAAGUCCUGAUCGCGACAAGAAGGACCUCCUCACAAUCAUCAAAACGUACCUCAAAGGAAAUAACAGCAGUAUUGACCGUUUGUCUGACGACAUUGCUGAUCUCUACCUUGAGAUCAAGAAGCGUGCUGAAGCAAAACUACUGGUCGACCAGGCCAAUGAAGUGCCGCAUUUCAGUUUGCGUACCUUGACCCGUGUUUUGACAUACACCAACGAUGUGGCUCCUUUUUACGGCCUCGAAAGAGCUGUUUAUGAAGGUUUCUGCAUGGGCUUUACAACCUUGCUGAGCGAGGAAUCAGAGAGGACAGUUAUGCCCCUUAUCCAGCAACAUCUGCUGAAGAAGGCUUCCAUCCUGACUAAUCCUCCCAAGAGACCUAUCGAUGGCAAAAACUACGUCAACUUCAAAAACACAAACAAAGAUCACCAGUACUGGCUGCUUCAGGGCAAUGAAACGCCAAUUGAGCGUCCAGACUAUGUCAUCACUCCUUAUGUCGAAAGAAACCUAUUGAACUUGGUUAGAGCUACGUCUACUCGUAGAUACCCCAUCCUCAUCCAGGGUCCUACUUCUGCGGGUAAAACCAGUAUGAUCGAAUAUCUCGCCAACUAUACCGGUAACAAGUUUGUGAGAAUCAACAACCACGAGCAUACCGACUUGCAAGAGUACCUUGGCACCUACGUCUCGGAUUCCAACGGAAAGCUAAAGUUCCAGGAAGGUAUUUUGGUUCAGGCCAUGAGGGAAGGAUCGUGGAUUGUCCUCGACGAAUUGAACUUGGCGCCGACCGACGUCUUGGAGGCUCUCAACCGUCUGCUUGAUGACAACCGUGAGCUUCUCAUUCCCGAGACUCAAGAGAUCGUCAGGCCAGCGGAGAAUUUCUGCCUCUUCGCUACCCAGAACCCUCCUGGUCUAUACGGUGGUAGAAAGGUGCUGUCUCGUGCCUUCCGCAACCGUUUCCUUGAGCUUCAUUACGACGACAUUCCCGAGAGCGAACUGGAGACCAUUCUUCAGAAGCGCAGCCGCAACACCGCUCCCUCCGACUGUCGCCGCAUCGUCCAAGUCUAUAAGCAACUUACCCGUCUCCGCCAGGAGAGCCGUGUUUUCGAGCAAAAGAACUCUUUCGCCACGCUUAGAGAUCUCUUCCGAUGGGCACUGAGAGCGGCCGAGACCCGUCAAGACAUUGCCGACCACGGCUUCAUGCUCCUUGCCGAGCGUGUCCGUAAGCCCGAGGAGCGUGAUGAGGUCAAGAAGGUCAUUGAGGAGGUGUUCAAGGUCAAGAUCGACCCCGAUCAGCUCUAUGAUCGCGACACAGCGCCCGAGUUCCGCGGUACUGGUGGUAACAAGAACAACAGCCAGGGUGUGAUUUGGACCAGAGCUAUGCGUCGUCUGGGUGCUAUUCUUGACGGCUUGCUGAGGAGCUUGGAGCAGGCUGCUGCUAUCCUUGGCCAGGAGACGGGCGAUAUCGACCAGAUGCAGGCAUGGUAUCAGUCUCUUACUGCCGAUGACCUGGCUAAGCUCCCCGAGGAGUUGAAGAUCAAGAUUCAGUCCGAUGCUGCCAGAAGCAAGGCGCUCUUUGAGUGGAGCGAUGGUAGCCUUGUCCACGCCAUGAGGGAGGGUACUUACUUCCUUCUCGACGAAAUCUCUCUGGCUGAUGAUUCCGUCCUGGAGAGAUUGAACUCCGUGCUUGAGCCUGCUCGCACUCUUCUGCUUGCGGAGAAGGGCAUCACCGACUCCUUCGUCGUUGGUGCUCAAGGUUUCCAGUUCUUCGCUACCAUGAACCCUGGUGGUGACUUUGGCAAGAGGGAACUGUCGCCUGCCCUGCGUAACCGUUUCACUGAGAUCUGGGUGCCUGCUUUCACUGAUGAGGAGGAUGUCCAUGACAUUGUCGUCUCCAAGCUGGAUGCUAAGUACAAGAAGAACCUGAAGGGGGUCAAGACGCCAAUUUCUCGUAUCAUUGUCAACUUUUCGUCCUGGUUUGGCAAGACUUUCAGGUCUUCGUCCACAACUGCCCUUUCAGUCCGUGAUAUCUUGGCUUGGGUCCAGUUCAUGAACAUUUGCAACUUCUCCUCUGUCGAACUUGCUCUCCUUCACGGUGCUGCCAUGGUCUUCAUUGAUACCAUUGGUGCCAACCCCUCCGCGUUGAUCGCCGUUGAUCCCAGGACAAUGGAUAUGCAGAGACAGGAGUGCCUCGAAAAGCUCAGCGAACUGUGCGGUUCUGAUCUUGCUCAUCACUAUUUCCAGGAGCCGCAGCUCAAGAUGGACGAGCAAGCCCUUGUCAUUGGUGACUUCAGCAUCGAGAGGUUAUCUAGCGCGGACCCUAACUCUGGACGGGAGUUUGGUGUUCCUACCACCAAGAUGAACGCCAUGCGUGUCAUCAGGGCUCUUCAAGGCACCAAGCCAAUUCUUCUCGAAGGUAACCCCGGUGUGGGUAAGACUACGCUUGUCACCGCUUUGGCUCGCGCUUGCGGCAGACCCUUGACCAGAAUCAACCUGUCCGACCAGACUGAUCUCAUGGAUCUGUUCGGUACCGAUGUUCCCGUCGAGGGUGCUGAAGCCGGCAACUUCUGCUGGAAGAACGCUCCCUUCCUGGAGGCCAUGCAAAACGGUUCAUGGGUCUUGCUCGAUGAGAUGAACUUGGCCUCUCAGACCGUUCUCGAGGGUCUCAAUGCCUGUCUUGAUCAUCGUGGUGAGGUCUACAUUUCCGAACUUGAUCAGGUUUUCAAGCGCCAUCCCGAUUUCAAGCUCUUUGCUGCCCAGAACCCUCACUCUCAAGGUGGUGGCCGUAAGGGUCUUCCCAGCUCGUUUGUCAACCGUUUCAUCGUCGUGUACUCCGAUGUCUUCACCAAGCAGGAUUUGCUCUACAUUACGGCCAAGAAGUUCGACAAGAUUGGCGGCGAGACGCAGACGAAGCUUAUUGAGUUCAUGUCCAGGCUUGACGAUGCCGUCGUCACUGCCCGUUUGUUCGGUGCUCAGGGCUCGCCGUGGGAGUUCAACUUGCGUGAUACUCUUCGGUGGGGUGACCUACUCACAUCCGACAAUGCUCUUCUCAGCGGCAGGAAGCCGGAUGAUUUCCUUGAUGUGAUCAUUCGCCAGCGUUUCAGAACCGAGCGGGAUCGUGUUGAAGUCGACAGGUUGUUCACUGAGAUCUUCCAGCGUGCGCCUGAGACUCACAGCCUCUACCACGACAUCAACUCCUCCGUCUCUCAGGUUGGCCUUGCUACUCUACAGCGCAACCAGCUGUCGCAGCCAACGCCGUUCCCCUCUAUCGACCCCAUUCACAGGCUUAAGGAGAUUGAGAGUAUCUUGAUCGCCGUUGAGCAAGACCUGCCUUGUAUCCUUGUUGGGCCUUCCGGCAGCGGCAAGUCAGCCCUGCUUAAUCAUGUGGCUGCUAUGGCUGGCCGGUCCCUCGUCAUCUUCCCGCUCAACGCUGAUGUCGAUACCAUGGAUCUCAUUGGUGGCUUCGAGCAGGCUGAUCCUCAUAGAGAGGUCCAGGCCAACAUUGCUAAGAUGAAGCAGGCGCUCCAGGACCAGAUCCUCCAGGCUCUUCCUGAGCCAGUCCCGGUUGCUGCGGUUGAUCUCAUGGGUGCGCUCAUGGCCCUUUCUGGCGAGCACCAGUAUCCUGAUAUUCUCCGUAUGAUUGAGAACCUCUUCCCUGAGGCCGGUGAACUCGCUCCUCUCCUUUCCGAGACUGCUGAGCUGCUCCGCAAGCCUCUGACUCUGGAAAACCCUCGCUUCGAGUGGCUUGAUGGUAUCAUUGUCCGGGCUGUCGAGACUGGUGCUUGGUUGGUGCUAGAUAACGCCAACCUGUGCAGUGCCUCCGUGCUUGAUAGACUCAACUCCCUUCUCGAGCGUCCCAAUGGCUCGCUGAGCAUCAACGAGCACAGCGGUCCCGGUGGCGAGCCGCGCAUCUUGAUACCCCAUCCUGACUUCAGAAUCUUCCUUACUGUUGAUCCCCGUUACGGCGAGCUUUCGCGUGCCAUGCGGAACCGUUCCGUCGAGAUCUAUCUCGAAGGUGCGCCUUGGGAGGCAAAGAAGGCCGGUCAUCAGACUAUUGCGCCUGUCGAUGGCAGUUUGCAACGCUUCCACACUGCCACGAGGAUCCUGAACGGCGCUGAGAAUGUGGAUGUCCUUGCUCCUCUGGCAUUCGAUGUCCUCUCUCUUGGUGAUACCAGACUUCUCGAGGCCUUCAAGCAAGCUUCUACCAACGGCCUGAUCAAGUCUCCCGCUGCUAGCCAGCGUCUCGCUCAGCUUUUGUCUUACAUCAGUGCUGAAGAUGCCGGUGCGCUGAGACAGGCUGUUGCCUCUCUGUACGGCUCUGCCCCUAACAAGAUGCUCAUGCCUCUCCACCCUCUGCUCAACUCACCAAUGAUCCCUAUCCUCGAACAGGAUCGCGAGGGUCUAGCUGCAUGGAUUGCCGGCUGCUACGAGCUCUACCUCGACAUCCAAAUCGCCCAGUCCGCCAUGGAAGCUCAGCUCAGCAAAGUCAAUGUCAGCAAGCCGUCCCAGCUCAACCGUCUCCAGCGCUCCUGGAUUGCCGACAAGGUCGCCUCGCUCUCUCGCGACUCCACCGUCAACGCCGCCCGCUUCCUGGCCUCUAUGCUCAAACUGUUCAAGGCCUACAUGAGCGAGACCAUCAACGAGUCCAGAGCCUGGAAGGAGCGUCGCGCCAUCUUGAGGCGUCUGAUGCUCUUCUGGACGCGCACCUUCGAGGCGCUCAUCGUGCCUAAUGCCAAGUUCGAGGAGGCCCGUUUCCAGGCGCACUUGACGCAGGGCUCUAACCUCCUGAGGAAGGCCCUUUCCAUUCUGCAGGAGGCUGAUGAUCGCAAGAUGCUUGCUACCAUUUUGGAGUAUCUCGAGCGCGACUUUGUCGUCGGCUUCAAGCUUUCGACUGGUCUCAGUAUGGAGGCGCUGUGGAAUCAGCUGCGUCCUGAGCCGGUCGCUGAUCAGGAGUGUUUGAAGCAGGUCAUCGAGAUGGAAAGACUUGCUGAUCGGUUCGAUUCGCUGCGCUGGAAGGCUGACGCUUCCAUCCCCACUCUGAGGAGCGUUCAAGAAGCUAUGGCUAGGGCGUAUACCGUCGUUCGCAGCGGAAGAGGUGAUGCUUCUGCACUUGUCAAGGAGCUCGAGUCGGAGAUUUCCACCCUCGAGGCCAGAAUUGGUCAACAUCCUUGGACUCACGAGCCGUUCUUUGCUUCCACUUUUGAGGCGCUCAGACAGGCUCUUGUUCUUCACCAAGUUACAGAGGACGGCGAGGUCGUUUUGCCCGCUCUGUCUGAUAUCGACGUGCUUUCCAACCUCCCCACUGUUGCUCUGAUGCGUCUCCGCGCUUCGGGGUCUUCGCCGCUGCAGUUGGUCGAUUGCUUGCUUGCCCAGGAUAGCGAGGUUCGUCCUUGGACCGGUACCCUGUCCAGGUCGCUCUUGCUCAAGUACGAUGCCACUUCCUCAGCCAGCAUGCACGAGUUGCACUCUUUGGAGACCGAGUUGCCUAUUAUGGGCAAGAUCCUCGCCAAGUCUUCGGAUGCUCUGGCUACCGAUUCACUGAAGAAGACGGAGCGGUUGUUGCUGAAGCUGAUGGAGGAGGUGAUGGCUGCUCAUGGCGAUGUUUGCAAGGGUGUCGUCGUGCCUUUGUUCCAGGGUCUUUUGAAUGAGAUGGGCAAUGUCCAGGUGGCUGAGCUCGCUUCUCUCCUUGAGCAGGGAACCAACUUUGCGGUUGAUACCACCCAGUGGCCCCAGCACCUCGUCGUUAUCUUUGAGAGGCACUUCUACAAGGCUUUGAGAGCCCUGGCCGCCGCCGAGAAGGGUCUCCAGCCUCGCUCUGCAUACACUUCCGUCGCUUGGGUUCAGUUCUCUCUUGCGUCCAUCAAGCUCUUCGUUCCCGACAAGAUCUUCGAUCCUCACCACCGCGCUGAGAUCGAGCAGGAGGAGCAUCGCGAGAUCUACGAAAGCCUGCAGCAACAGAUCGCUGCUCUCGAGGCGUUUGAGCUUGCCUUCACCGGCCAGCACGCCGGUCUCCGCUGCAAGCUUCUCAUGGAAGAAGUUGCUGGUCUUGGGGAGCCGCCUGCUGUCCAGUCUAUCUACCGCCCUGGCGACUCGGAGCUUCGUGGCCUGCAGGGAGAGUUCAACAAUGUUCUGAAUGCCCUUGUACAGAACGACGUGGCUGCUUCGCAUCUGCGUUCCAUUUCCACCGACGCUGAGGAUGCUUCCGAGGAGCUUUCCCUCGUUGAGAGGAACCUUGUUGCUCUUGUUGGCCGCUUCAUUGGUCGCUUCAAUGCCUACCAGGACUUGACGAUGCCGCUGGUUAGCUUCUUGCGCUGCUUGCAGCUUGGUCUUUCGCUCGGCCAGGGUGCCGUCCCUGCCAAGAGCUCCGACGAAACCGAUUUCAAGAGCAUGGUCAAGGCCACACCCUUCUUGAGCGGUACUGUCUGGGAUGCUGAGACUAAGAGCUUGCCUCUCCGCUCGCUUGAGUUCCUCUCAUUUGUUCAGGCCAUCGUUGCCGUCGAAGGUAUUGACAGCUUGCCGGAAAACCUCAGACAGGCUGUGCACGAGUCCUUCUAUGCUUUCCAUGAGGAGUGGAGCAAGAAGCUGGAAGCCGAUCGCAAGGCCGAAGAGCAGAAGAACAGCUUGUUCCGCUUCAAGGGGAGUCUGGAAGAUGAAGAGGCGUUCGACCAGGAAGAAUUCGAUCAGCUGUUCCCUGACUACGUAGAUGACGAGGAGGAGCAGGAUGCCGACGCGCCCAAGAAAAAGAAACAGAUCCCUCGCGGCAACCGCGACCUGUCCAUCUUGCUGGCGGAAGCUCAUGAGAAGAUUUUCCUUUCGCCUCAGGAGCCCCAGCAGAGCAUUCGCAUCUUGCUUACCCAAGUUGCUCGCAGGAUUGCCCGUGCGGAGCGCAACGCUGCCGCUGGCGAGCCCGAGAUGGAUGCUUUGCUUCUGCCCGCCACCAUUCUCGCCUUCGAGGACCAGAUCAAGGCCUUCAGCGCCAACGUUGACUCCAACAACUACAACUUCUACACCGACUCCAUCCUCGUCGAGGUCCGGAAGGCCCUCACCCUCGUCACCGCCCUCAAGAAGCGCUUCCAGGAGCUACAAACCAUCGAAGAAAUCGGCCACCAUCAAACUCUCGCCGAUGUCGUCAUCGCUUGCGACAAGGUACUUGACAUGUCCAUCGACGAUCCCCUCGCCGCCAUCAUCUCCCCCAUGGAAAAGCUCUACGCGCACGUGUACGAAUGGCACGAAGGCGGCUGGGCCACCAAGGCUCACAAGGCCACCGUCUUGUAUGAGAAGCUGCGCGAUACCAUCUGCGACUGGCGCCGCCUCGAGCUGUCCAGCUGGUCGAGACUGCUCGACGCCGAAGCCAAGAAAUGCCACGACGAUGCCAAGUCCUGGUGGUUCAUCGCCUACGGCGCCGUCAUCCUCCAGCCGUGCUCGUGGUUGCAGGAGGGCAAGGAUCUGUAUACGUACGCGGUCGAGCUCUUGGGUGCUUUGGAAUCCUACUUCAACACUGCCAGUCUCGGCCAGUUCACCUCUCGCCUGAACCUUCUUAGACAGCUCAGAAACCAGUUGGAGCUGCUGAUGGUAGAUGAGCCUCAGUUGAGUGUCAUCCGUGAUGCUGUCCAGAACUUCAUCACCUAUCACGCCAGGUACGAGCGCAAGGUCAAGGAGGCUAUCGCCGCCGGCAGAACUCCCUUGGACAGGAAGAUGAAGGAUGUGUUGCUGCUGUCGAAGUGGAGAGAUAAGAACAUCGAGGCGCUCAGGGCUAGUGCGCGCAAGUCUCAUCAGAAGCUGUUCAAGCUGGUGAGGAAGUUCCGCGGUGUGCUUUCUCAGCCUGUGAGCGGCAUCACCGAGCAAGGCCUUCCCGAGGAAGAGCAUAAGAGCGCCAUGGCAAUCGUCGACAAGGUCGCUGUCCAGGCUGAUCAGGAGGCUAUUGCCCUUGUCUCGCAGCUCAUUCCAUCUCUAGAGAGGCAACAGCAGUGGACAAGAAUCACCAACCUUCCCGGCGUCCUCAAGAUGAUGGGCAAGUUUGGCUCGCUGCCUGCUUCGGCCGUGGAGAUCCCCAGCAACUUGGACGAGUACAUCACCUCGUUGGUCACCGAGAUGGCUGAGCUUCGCAAGGAGACUCCCCAGCACCUCACUGAUGAAAACAAGGAGGCCGUGGCGCACUUGAAGACAAGGAAGACCAAGCUCUACACCGACACGCUCAAGACUCUUCGCGAGAUGGGCUUCAGUCGUAACCUAGGCACCACCAUCCUCGACCGCCAAAAGUCUGCUCACGCGGUGCUCGUCCACUCGGGUCUUGUUCCCCACCUGAGCGAAUCGCAGCUCAACGCCAUCGAGUACUUCUACCAUAAGAUGCUCGAUUUGGCGCCCAAGUUCCGCCAGGCUACAUUCGAACACAACGAUGAUCUUAACCGCGAGAUCGUCCACCGUUCCAUUGGUUUCCUCGAGGGUAUUCUGUACGUUAUGUUCAAGCAGCGCAUGUAUCUCUCGCGCACAGCUGAGGCGGAGCGUGCUCUCUCCCAAGCCAUUACUUUCACCAAGGAGGUCUCAGGCCGUAGCGGCGAGGUGGCCAUUCAGUCGCAGAAGAGCGUAAAGAACCACGGUCGUGUCCUGCGCUGGCUUGUCCAGAUCCUCAAGUUCGCCGUCUACAUGGUUGACGUCCACGGCAAGCUCGGCGAGACCAGCAACGACCAAGUUCGCAGCAAGUUGCAGCAGUGGCUCGAUACGUUCGCCACUCUGGCCACCAAGCAGGAGAGCCUGCCUCGUCUGCCUACCGGUUUCAGCUCCUCCGCUCUCGAGCAGCUCCAUAGCGAUGCCGAGAAGGAGCUCGACGGUCUUCGCGAAAGCCUCAGUAGUCUCUUGCUUGAAAGACCCGACAUGGCCUUCGUCAUCCGCCAAGUCCAGCUAUGGACCAGCGCUCAAACCGUCGCCAUCGCCAACGAACUUCAGGAAACCACCAUCGACGAGUUCGCCAAGUCCGCUCUGGACCUGUCCAGCCGCAUCCUCGUCGCCCUGCAAAAGUUCCCUGAAGCCGUCAAGAACCUGCCCCAAAGCCAAGAAGACGCCGGCUGGUUCCUGGCCCACAGCGAAGGCCUCGAGAAGGCCAUCAACACCCUUGCCAUGCCGCGCAUCACCUCCGAAGUCGACGGCAUCCUCCGCCUGCUCAAGACCUCCGACCUGUCCCAGCCUGCCAUCCGGGACGCCGAGACUGCGCUCCUGCGCGCCAUCCUGCCCAUGCUCGAGCAGUACGCCGCCACGUGCCAGCAGAACCUGGCGCAAUACGCCGACCUGCACCGGUCCACCUGCCGUCUGGGCUACACCCUCAGCAACAGCUUCAUCGUCAUCGCCAAGCAAGGCUUCUGCUCUCCCCAAGAAGAGAGCAAGGAGAAGUCCGGCGAGUCUGGCGACGUGCAGAGCGGUACCGGUCUAGGUGACGGUGAGGGAGCAGAGGAUAUCAGCAAGGAUAUCAAGGAUGACGAGGAUCUUUCCGAGCUCGCGCAGGAUCAGAAUAACAAGAACCAGAACGAUAUCGAGGAUAAUCCCGACGCGGUGGACAUGGGUGAGGAUGAUCUCGAGGGAGACAUGGGGAGCGUGAAGGCUGAGGAGGAAGAUGAGGAGAAUAAGAAGGAUAAGGAUGGUAGUGAUGAUGAGGAGGAUGAUGAGAUGGACGAGGAGGCGGGUGGUGUCGAUGAUCUCGAUCCUACUGCUGUCGAUGAGAAGAUGUGGGAUGGUAAAGACGAAGAGGAUGCGGAGAAGGAUCAGAAGGGUGAGAAUAACAGCGGCAAGCAGGAUGAGGAUGAGCAGGCUGCUGCGGAACCAGGGAAGGAGAAGAAGGAGCAGCAGCAGGAGAGCGAGGAAGCGGUGGGUGAGGAGGAGGAAAAGAAGGAGAAGAAGGAGGGUGAGGAGGAGAACGAGGAUGAGGAAGAAGGUGAGCCGGGACAGGAGCAGGAGGGUGAUGCCCAGCCGCAGGAGGAACUGAAUAAUCAGGAUCAGAACGUGCAGGAGCAGGAUACCCUGGCGUUGCCGGAUGAUAUGCAGAUUGAUAUCAGCGAUGGAGAGGAUGAGGAGGAGGAUAACUUGGAUGACCUGGAGGAUGGUGAGAAGCCGCAGGAUGGAGAGAUGGAAGAGGAGCAGGCGCCAAAUGGUGUGGAGGAGGAGCAGCAGCUUGAGGAGCAGAAGGAUGCAGAGAAGCCUGAGGAGGCUGAGGCUGAAGAGACGGAUGAUCUGAACCCUAUGGAUGAGGAUAACAUGGAUGUGGACAUGGACAAGGAGGAGGAGCAAGAUGAAGACGCCCCGCAGGAUUUGGACAAGGAGGAAGAGGACAAGGAGAAGGAACAACCGGGUCUGAACGAUGACCAGGCUCAGGCGGAUGACGACAACGCUGCUCCCAGCGAUGUCAAGACGGGUGGUGGUCUUGCUCAAGAUGACCAGAACGACAUGCAGGACGAUACUGCCGACAACAAGGCCGCCCAGCGUGAGCAAGGUGCUGUCAACAACCAGUCCUCUGACCAAGACAACGCCCCCGGUUCCAAGGGUGAGCAGUCGAGGACUGAGCAGCAAGAGGGCCCUAACGAGGAUCAAGAGACCGAGGCCAGCAGCCAGCCAUUUAAGAAGCUCGGUGAUGCUCUCGACAGGUGGUACAGAAACCAGCGCGACAUUCGCAACGCCCCCGAAAGCAAGGAGGAGCAGCAGAAGCCCGACGUCGACAUGGCCAAGGUAGAAUUCCAGCACUUGCAGGAUGAAGACGCCGAGCCCGACACCCAGGCUCUAGGCACCGCCAAUGAUGAGGAGGUCCGUCCCAUGGAUGACGCCAUGGCCAUUGACACCGAGAUGGAAGACGCCAACAACCACGUCUUACCCGAGGAUGAACCCGCUGCCGAGGGCAACAAGCAAGAGGACGUGGACAUGGAAGAUGCCGAGGCCCCUGAUUCCAUCGACGCUCCCAAGGAGGACCGCAAAGACGGCCGUUCCGGCGUCGCCACUCACCAAGGCGCCUUCGAAGACUCUGACGAUGAGGACUCCGACGCCCGGAAGGCCAGCGCAAAGGAAGGCGACCUAGACGAGGAGAUCAACGAAGAAUCGUCUACCCAGCUCUCCGCCAUCCACCUCGAAGACCAACCACCUCGCCCCUUGCGCGACUUCAACGAAGCUCUCUCCAUGUGGACCACCUUCCAAACCAAGACGCAAUCCCUCUCCAUGUCUUUGUCUUCUCAACUCCGCCUGAUCCUCACCCCUUCGCAGUCCACCAAGCUCUCCGGCUCCUUCCGCACCGGCAAGCGCCUCAACAUCAAGAAGAUCAUUCCCUACAUCGCCUCCUCCUACAAGCGCGACAAGAUCUGGAUGCGCCGCGCCAUCCCGACCAAGCGCUCCUACCAGAUCUUGCUCUGUGUGGAUGACUCCCAAUCCAUGGGCGACUCGCUCAACAACUCCGGUUCCGCCGGCCGCUUGGCUUUGGAGUCGCUCGUCAUGACCUCUCGCGCGCUUACCAUGCUAGAAGUAGGCCAAGUCGGCGUCCUCGGUUUCGGCACCGACGUCUUUGUCGCGCACCGUCUCACCGACCCCUUUGCCUCUCACGACGCGGGCGCCAGGGUCUUGCAACAAUUCACUUUCAAACAAGAGGGCACGGACAUGGUGAACCUCUUGCGGCGAACCAUUGAUCACUUCCGCGACGCGCGCCUCACCUCGGCCUCUCAGUCGGGAGGGGAAGAUCUCUGGCAACUCGCCCUUAUCCUGUCUGACGGUCUCGUCCAAUCCAAAGACCACGCGCGCCUUCGCCCCUUACUAAGAGAGGCAAUGGAACAAAGAGUCAUGGUCGUCUUCAUCGUCAUGGACGAUGCUCGGGAUGCUCAAGGAAACGCCAAAAAGGGAAGCCAAAGUGUCUUGGAUCUGAAAGAGGCCAGGUUCGGCAGUGAUGGUAUGCCGGUGAUUCAUCGGUACUUGGACAGUUUCCCGUUCCAGUAUUAUUUGAUUGUGCAUCACUUGGAUGAUUUGCCGGGGGCGUUGGCGGGCUUGUUGAGGAGUUGGUUUAGUGAGGUUAGUGCUUCUUGA